GCCUUGUAUUAACGGUUUAAACUUGAAGUUGAUAGUCACCGAGUAUCAUGGCUGACAAUGCUAUUGUGCACCCACCCGAGAACAAGUGGAGCCUGAGGAGAAUGCCGGUAAUUGUCCUCUUCAAAGAUGCGAGGCUUGUUUUCAAAACGGAUUCACUUGGCAUGGAGAUACUAAGGAUCGCACUCCCUGCCGCCUUGGCCUUAGCUGCUGAUCCCAUCGCUUCUCUGAUUGACACGGUAUUCAUUGGCCAUCUAGGGCCGGUGGAGCUAGCUGCUGUAGGAGUUUCCAUCGCUAUAUUCAAUCAAGCAUCAAGGAUUACCAUUUUCCCGCUGGUUAGCAUAACAACUUCUUUUGUUGCUGAAGAAGACACUCUAGGAAAAAUUAGCCCUGAGGCGAGAAAAGAUGAGGAUUUGGAAAAGAGUGAACAAAAAAACAAUGAAAUGAAAGAGUCGGCCCAGGAAGAUGUUGUGGCCGAGAACUUGGAAAACGAUGCAGCUAGAAAUACUGAUACGAAAGAGGCAGAGGAUGGUUCAAGCACAAAUACAUGUAAGUCGCCCUCUGCAAUUGCUAGCAAAACUGAAAAUCCUGAAGUGAAAAAAGGGAAAAGACAUAUCCCUUCAGCGUCAACAGCAUUGAUUCUUGGUUCAAUUCUUGGUCUCCUGCAAGUUAUAUUCCUUGUAUUUGGGGCAAAAAUUCUCCUGAGUUUUAUGGGUGUGAAACAUGAUUCGCCAAUGCUAAACCCAGCACUAAAGUACUUGAUUUUGAGGUCUCUAGGCGCUCCUGCAGUUCUUCUGUCUUUGGCCAUGCAAGGGGUUUUCCGAGGAUUUAAGGAUACAAAAACACCUUUAUAUGCUACUGUAGCAGGAGACCUAACAAAUAUCAUUUUGGACCCAAUAUUUAUCUUUGCCUUACGACUAGGCGUCAGCGGUGCAGCCAUAGCACAUGUCCUUUCUCAGUAUUUGAUUUCGCUCAUCCUCUUGUGGCGAUUGAUGAAAGAAGUUAAUCUUUUAUCUCCAAGCGUCAAAGACCUGCAAUUUGGACGAUUUCUUAAAAAUGGUUUUCUAUUAUUAGGAAGAGUAAUAGCAGUCACAUUCUGUGUUACAUUGGCAGCAUCAAUGGCCGCUCGGCUAGGUUCAACGCCUAUGGCCGCAUUCCAGAUCUGCUUACAGGUCUGGAUAACAUCAUCUCUUCUUGCAGAUGGUUUAGCUGUUGCUGGACAGGCAAUUAUUGCUUGUGCAUUUGCUGAGAAGGACUACAAGAAGGUGACAGCUGCGGCAUCUCGGGUAAUGCAGAUGAGUUUUGUCCUUGGUGUGGGGCUUGCUGUUGUUGUUGGAGUUGGUUUGUACUUUGGGUCAGGAAUCUUCUCCAAAGAUGCUAGCGUUCUGCACCUUAUAAGUAUAGGAGUACCGUUUGUAGCAGCUACGCAGCCAAUCAACUCAUUGUCGUUCGUGUUUGACGGUGUCAACUAUGGAGCAUCUGACUUUGCAUACACAGCUUACUCCAUGGUAAUUGUAGCUGGAGCAAGCAUUGCAUCAUUAUUCCUUCUGUCCAAAAGCAACGGUUUUCUAGGAAUCUGGAUUGCGUUAACCAUUUACAUGGCUCUGCGUACCGUUGCUGGAGUUUGGAGGAUGGGGACUGGAACUGGACCUUGGCGCUUCCUAAGAAGUCAAUCGAAGACAUAG